AUGCAUGCCUUUUUAUCCUUCGCCGUCCUAAUCGCUGUCAGCACCCAGUCCAUUAGUGCAAGCCUUACAGGUCUCUAUCGAAUUCAAACGACCAAUGGCCAGGAGCUUAUCUUAACCGGGCAAGGAGACAAUAAGGCUCCAAAAUUCGAAAAGCCAUCAGGGGCCGGUACGCAGAUUUGGCAAUUUGAGGAUGAGGGAGAUGGUACCACAUUGAUUCAGAAUUUGCCAACUCAUGAAUACAUCGACUGCCGAUCGAGUUCUUGUUUGGAGUCCAAAAAUGCCCAGCGAUUCCACGUGGAGUCUCUCAAUCCGAACGCGAAUCGAUAUGUAUUCCGGGAUAUUUCGCACAAGAGAGCUCUGCGUGCAUCUACUCAGAAUGGGAUUGAGAUGGCUGAUUCGAGUGAGAGCGAUGAGGGCUUCGAUGUCAUUCGAGUGGAAUUCUGUGAGUUUAGAACAGGUCCAAGAACUUGUCUUAUCUGA